GCAGCAGCUAUCCAGUCAACGUCCUACCCGUGUCCUGUGGAACGCCGGUCCUCUGCCCUCGGAGUUCGGGUACUACCAGCGAUCCUGAGCCACCCCCCGAGUGGCUUGUAGCCACAUCGUCGCCACCACUGACCCGGUCGAUCCCCAAGGUGCCUCCGCAGCGAGCGUCGUGUUUUGCUCGAUGGAACAUCCUAAGAUGAGCAAGGCCAUGUGGGCAUCCCUCAAGAAUCACAUAAUGCGCCAACGCGAGCUGAAGAAGCAGGAACAGGAGGCCGAAGCGGCCACGGAGCGGGAGCAACGUGAGCGGGAGCAGAAGCGCAACCAGGACGCGAUGACGCUGAAGGAGGUCCGCGAAGAGCUAGAGCGGUCAGAGAAGAAGCUGGCCGCUCUCAAGGAGGAGAAGCACCGGCUCUUCAUGCAGCUCAAGAAGGUGCUGCAAGAAGAGAACAGCCGGAAACGGGCUCAUGUCGAAGAGGCCAACAAGGGUUCUGGCGACCCAGGCGCAGGUCCCCCAUGACGAGGCAUCGGGAUCGCGUCUCAGCGCCGCUUCGCCAGCCUGCUGGACCGCCCAUGGCUGGUCGCUAAGGUCGAAGCUGCUCAUAACGGCUGCCCACCUCAGCGAUAGAGCCUCGGAACUUCCUCUGCUUUUGCGUUGGGCAACCCGUUUCCAUAACAUGUGUUUGAG